AUGUCCAAGCCAACUGCCAAUUGGGAAAAGGUCGGCGACAAGUUUUAUCGCAAGGUGCAACUCUACACGGCCGUCUUCGACCAGGACCUUGAGCUCGAGAACUACAAUGUAGUGGGGGCGCCGUACAGCGGUGCUGUAGCUAUAUAUCGCGAUGAAGAGAAACUCCAUUCGUACCGCGGGCCGGGUGUGUCUAAGUCGAGCAUCGAUAUCUAUAGCUGCGCCGGGAAGCUUAUACGAAGCAUAACUUGGGAUAAGGGCACAAUCAAAGGCUUAGGCUGGUCUGAGGACGAAAAGCUGCUCGUUGUGACCUCAGACGGCACGGUACGCUGCUACUACGACCUCCAGGGCGACUUUGCGCCUUUCACGCUUGGCCACGGUGCAGAUGAACACGGCGUCGUGUCCUGCAAAUUCUAUGGCACUGGCUUUGUCGCGCUCCUCGGAAACAACCACCUCAUCUCGGUAACAUCAUACACAGAACCGCGUCCCAAGCUGCUCGCAAUACCGCCGACUGAACCCGUAGUAUCGUGGAGUAUCAUACCGCCCGCAUACUCACUCUCGCGUUCUGUAGAGGUGAUACUCGCGAUAGGCGCUACCCUCUACGUUGUCGACGCUACUGAAGCUGAAGACAGGAACUUUGAUGCUGGGCCUUUCAGACACAUCAGCGUCAGUCCCCGCGCCGAGUUCCUCGCCUUCUACACCGAGGAUGGUAAGGUAUGGGUGGUCAGUGGUGAUUGGAGUGAGAAGCUCAGCGAGUAUGACAGCAAGGUCAAGACGGUGCCCAAGGACAUGCAGUGGUGCGGAUCCAAUGCCGUCGCUCUAGCUUGGGAAGACGAAGUACAUCUGAUUGGACCAAAAAGCGCGGCAACCAAGUUCUACUACGACACGUGGAUACAUCUACUACCGGACGUUGAUGGCAUACGGCUUUUGACAAAUGACGUGUGCGAGUUCAUUCAGAAGGUGCCAGACGAAGCAGUUGAGGUAUUCCGCCUAGGGUCCGAUUCUCCUGCUGCAAACCUUCUGGAAGCGUCUUCACUACUUGAACAGAAGAGUCCAAAAGCAGACGAUCUCAUCCAGCUAAUACGGCCAAGCCUGGCUGAAGCAGUAGACACUUGCAUCAAAGCGGCAGCACACGAAUACAACAUCCACUGGCAAAAGUCGCUUCUAAAGGCUGCUUCAUAUGGAAAGUCCGUGCUAGACUUGUACUCCUCCGAUGACUUCGUCGAUACUUGCGAUACUUUACGCGUUCUAAAUGCAGUGCGCUUCUACGAAGUGGGACUUCCACUAAGCUACGACCAAUAUCGCCGCAUGACGCCCGAGAAACUCAUUGAGCGGCUGACGAAUCGUAACGAGUAUCUUCUGGCGUUGCGAAUAGCAGACUAUUUGCACCUCCCAGCAAGUCAAAUUCAUGGUCACUGGGCUCAGCAGAAAGUCCGUGUUUCUACGGACCCAGAGGAAGAGAUAUGCAGUCUGAUCGUUAAAAAACUGCAUGGCAAGCCCGGUGUCUCCUUCGAGGAGAUUGCACGCGCAGCCUACGAUGAAGGCCGUGUUCGACUCGCAACCGAACUGCUGAAUUACGAACCUAGAGCGGGUAAGCAAGUUCCGUUGCUACUCAACAUGAAAGAAGAAAACAUCGCGCUCGACAAGGCAAUUGAAUCGGGCGAUACAGACCUCGUCUAUCACGUCCUCCUGCACCUACGCAAAAAGCUCCCGCUCGCAUCAUUCUUCCGUGUCAUAAACAGCCGGCCCGUCGCCACCGCCCUUGUCGAAUCCUCGGCCUGGGAUCAAGACCGCGAGCUGCUUAAGGAUCUCUACUACCAAGAUGACAGGCGCCUAGAUGGCUCGAAUCUCUUACUCUCUGAAGCACUUGCACAGCCCGAAUUCCAUGGCUCUCUCGAAAAACUCAAGUCAGCAUCAAAAUACCUGCAGGAUUCUCGUGACAGCACCGCCAUCUUCCAGCGACAGGCUAUUGACGAGGCAGCGAAACUCCUCAGACUGCAAGAGCAGUUUGAGAAAGACCUCGGUCCGCACAACCCCACACCGGGUGGCACACUGACAGGGCAGUCCUUCAUCGGUCUCAGCGCCAACGAAACUAUUUUUCAGCUCAUCCGCCAGGGACACUACAAACGUGCCCAAAAAGUGCAAUCAGAAUUCAAAAUCACAGACAAAACAUACACAUACAUACGUCUGCGCGCACUUGUCGCAGCACGACAUUGGGUGGAGCUCGAGGAGUUUGCCAAGCAGAAAAAGAGCCCAAUUGGGUGGGAACCAUUCUUCAAUGAGAUCCUGACAGCGGGGAAUACAAGGGUGGCGAGUGUGUUCAUACCGAAAUGCACCAACUUGACAGUUGCAGAGCGGGUCGAUAUGUGGGUAAAGUGCGGACUGCUGGUUAAAGCGGGGGAGGAAGCAUUCAAAGCCAAGGAUAGGCCUUUAUUAGAGGAGGUGAGGAGUAAAGCGGGAGGUAGUGCAGCAGUGGAACUUGAGCGGUUGCUGGGGAUGCUGCCACAGGGCAGGAAAUAA